CCUCGUUGGGCAAGUGCAAGUGCGAGAGCGCUUUGCCCGCAGCCUCGGUGUGUAAGAAAGCAAAAGAAAAAGAAAGGCGAGAAACUCUUCCCCGCCAGACGCAGCCGGCGCGACAAAAAGCACUCCGCGUCCAGAGCAGCCGGCGCAGUCCUCUCGCGAAGCAGCAGAUCGAUCCUUGCGGACUCCUGAAGCGUGCCUCUCGACACGACACGACUCGACCGACCGUCGUCGACUCGUUGGCUUAGAGCGAAGCGAUUCGCUCGCGUCGACGCCGACUACCCUUUGCUGCUCGGACCUCGCGCCGCUGCAGCCGGUGAUUUGAAAGCGUCGCUCGGCGCCGUCGACCGGAGAGUGUUUUCCGUGUGUGAACGUCGAUAGGUUCUCGCCAGACGCUUCUUCUUGCUGUGUUUUGGUUUGCUUCGCUUCGGACGCGAAACCAAGAUCGCCGGGAUGAAGCUGCUUCAGGUGGCUUUUCUGGCGUGUGCACUGGCUGCCUCAGCCAGAGCCGGCUACGAUGAACAAGAGGUCUACGCUCCUCAGCCGUACCAGUUCGGCUACGAGACGCAGGACGAGUACGGCAACCGCCAGUCGAGGCACGAGCAGGACGCCGGCAACGGCGUGAAGACCGGCAUGUACGGGUUCCGCGACGCCGCCGGCCUGUUCCGGCAGGUGCAGUACGUGGCCGACCACCGGGGCUUCCGUGCCUGGGUCAAGACCAACGAGCCCGGCACGCAGGACUCGGCGCCCGCCUCGGUGCGCAUCGAGUCGCAGCAGCCGCACGCCGCUCACGUCGCCAGCGCGGCCUCCGCCGCGCCGCACCACUACCGCCUGGUGGCGCCCAGGCCACAGCCACAGGUGCACCACCUAGCCACCGUCGCGGCGACGCCUUCGUUCGUGGCUGCUGCACCGGCGUUCGCGGCCGCGCCCCUGAGGAAGGUUCCCGUACACCACUCUCUCUACCCAAUCGGCGAGAUAUCGGCGAGACAUGGCCCCAUUCAGCAGGCGUACUCCCAGCAGGUUCCAGUGGUUCGCAAGCCCUCGUUCCGUCGCCUGGCUGCGAGACCCGCCGCUGUCGUGCCCGUUCUGACUCCUGUGGUGGCCUCUCAGGGAGCAUCCCCGAUCGCUGUUAACUACGGAGGCAACCGCGGCACCGUCGCAAGGAGUGUGAGCGGAGGCAGCGGAGGCAGCGGAGGCAGUGGAGCCGGCGGAGCCACCGGAGGUUCCUCGCGCACCGUCAAGAAGGUGCGCCGCCGCAAGCCUGCCGAGUUCUUCAAGAAGUCCAUCAUCAACAAGCAGCGCCCCAAGCCGCAAGGUCUUCGCGUCCGCGUCGUUCAGGCCACCAAGGAUGGACGCUUUAGAACCGUCGAGGUGCCCGUCUACAAGGACUAAGCGCGUUGACCCUCCUAACUUAUUGUCCCGUCCACUUUAAAGGCCACCGAUAUUGAUGUGAACUGUGAGGUCCCCGCAGUCCGCUUGCACUGGCUGACCCACUUAUGCGUGUGGAGGCAGCUCAGUAGCAACAUGGCUGACGUCACGCCCAUCAUGCUUUACCUGUUAUGCAGGCAGGCUCAGCUAGAGGAAGAGAGGACAAAGAAAAUGAGGCGGCUUGACGUCUGCCAAGCGCCCUUGCGCGUCACUGAAUAUCCUGUUGAGAUUUUGGGGCAGUGAACGUGUUGAUUUAGCCUACGUCGCACCCUCGUUUUCACGUAGGUUUGAUCAGCACGUGUACAGUUCGAAAGUUCCCGCACACGUUCCUGGUAUCAUGCUCUGCGUCACGCAAGGCUUUUGCCGAAAACAACGUUACGGCAGCCGUCCGUGCACGCUGGGCCAGCUGUUACGUCUGCGCCGAGCAAUGAAUUACGUAAAAUCGGUGAUGGUACUGAGCAGCCUAUGCCAAAUCAGGAAGUUUGUUGUGCUUCGUUUGCAUUGUAGACGCGCUUUCUUCAGAGUGGCGACUGUGCCUUUUGGCUUUCGCUGACUGCCUGAAGGAAGAUUGUCGUUUUUAUGCCUGGCAAUUGCUAACUGCUUCCUUCAGCAAUUUUUUCGGGCUAGCAGCCCUCAUUCCAGGCGUUCAUAACCAUCCCGUAGGCGCCUCGUGCAGUGUUCGCUAGGGAAGGUAGUGCAAUGAAUUGGGAAAGUUUUGGUUGUAGAGGCAGAUUUCUGCGCAAUGUUUACAUGGGGCCAAUUGAACGAAGAGUGGUGACGAAUGCUCAUUCAGUAACAUGCUCAUAAAAAUGCUGCUGAAGCAACCAGUCCGAACAUCCAGAAACACUUCAAUGAAUUUCUGGAGUGCAACAAAAGUGCAGUUGGAAGUUCACGUCAGUUCUUGAGCAACGACAGCUGAAGUCACAGCAAUAGCGAGGCAAUUUGAAGAACACCAGAGCCUUAAUGAAUUUUGCAGGCUUGAAAACCGAUAUUGUUAUUAUAAAGUUCCGAAAAUGUUAUCGCACCUUGGGUGUGUGCACAUGAGCUUUUUCCUUUUCUUGGAGAGCCUACAUUACCCUGAGAACUGGGACAAAACGGGUACGAGAGAGACACGGGUAUGACGGAAGCAAAUUACUACCGUCGUCCAGCCAUUUCCACACUGAACCAUUGCUGUAUACCAUGGUUUAGAAGUUCAAUUCUAGAAGAAAAUCUAGUUCACUUGUUGUGCAAAUACUUUAUCGGUAUUUUUUUAUAACGAGUGUAUAAAAUAGGGUAUUUACUUAAGGCUAUAGUAGUGACUUCGGUAAUACAAUAAGGUCUUAUCUUUUGGGUUGUUCGUCGGUAAGAUAUUCGUUGUAUUUCAUGUAUUGUCGCAGCCUGUUGGUUGUAAGAGGUAGUUCCGGAGUGUUUUCUUCAGUAUGUGCAAUCGUGUCGCUCUUCGCUAUUCCACAAAAAUUACCUUUGAGAACGUGUUCACUUUCAUACUGAACUGCCUGAGCCUUGACUGCCACGCUUUGACAAGCUUCUUUGGCGCACGCAUGUACAAAGAAUGCCACUCGAAGGCUGAUUAUGUAUGUCUAAACGACCACGUUGUGUGUGCAUUGUUUCAUAUGAAACCUCGACGUCACAAUUUUGUAUGCAUGUUUCGUGUUUCCUUUUUUCAAGGCAAAGCCUAAUUAAUUUGUGUUGCCGUAACCAUGACGGCUGCCGGAUUACACAGUGUUAAAAAAAGCGUCUGACCCUGUCCACAUUUAUUUUAGGACGUGACGAAGUUGACAGGAAAAGUGGCUUUGGGGACACAAAUAGUCUGUUAGGAAAUUAUGUGCCAUCAACAUAAAUUCAAACGCCAACGAUUUUAAAGCCACUCGCAGCUUUGUGUGCCCGUGUCCAUCUAUCUCUUUAACAUGGACCUAAUUUGGGCUCCAAAGCGUAAAUUUUAGAAUAAAGAAAGUUUAGAACCCUGCUAUGGAGCUAUUGGUCAUUCCACUUUCAUGAAAUAACGCGUAAUAGUUUUUCUGAUUACUUCUUUCAUGUUCGCCUUUCAAUUUGUGCUGAUGGUGCGUAUGCGCAAGCAGUCCGGUCUGCAGAAACAUUGAUGCGUCAGAAAAGAACUUUGAUACAUCAAUACUGUUGAUUUCAGACUAUUGGACAAAGGUUUCAAACAUUAUCUAAAGGUAAUACUUUUGCAUGAAUGCUUCUCUACUAACCACAGAAUGUGUGCCUAUUGCUGUUAUAUUCUACUUAUUUCAGAAUACGCGUUCCUUUCUUUCUGCUGAUCUUUAAUUUCGCAUUGCUUAUUAUCAUAGGCAUGGGCUUUCUUCGAAGUAUUCAGCUUCGUCCAUGAUUUAUUACAGUAGAACCUGUCUUUCCUCUGUUUUGUAAAAGUUGUUUCAUAUUUAUAAACAGCGUGGAUGCUGAUCUACAUUAUUCAUUGAGUUUGUCUGUGGGCAGUGUCCUGCCAUGCCGGGCGCUGCUGUGUGACCUAUAUCUCGUUUGUAAGUUCUUUUUGUUUUCGUUGUGUUGUGUCUGGCUUCACGGCCCCGUACGAGCGCGUUGCUCAUUGUGUGAUGUAGCGAAACCACAUCCAGUUUCUGUUUAUCGUCACAAGUCGCACAAAUGGGUCGCACGGAUUUACUCAACACUUCUUUGUACCCAUAAGUGAACCGCGAACUGCUCUCAUGGUGUUAAUUGAUGGUGUUUGUAUGUCUGAAUGCUUUUAACACCGCAGGCAGACGGCCAGAUUUUAGAGUACAAUGAAUCCCGUAUCCCUGUACUAACUCCACCUAUUUAUUGUUUUUUUUUACUAUGAAUCCGAAAUCUGCUUUUCUCAGUUCUACUUAAAUAUGCAACGAAUUGCAACAGACGAUUACGUUCCCAGACUGGCGUAAGUGCCGAUAUUCAUUCGCUCGCUUAGCUCCCUGGUGUGUGUUGGCUGCACGGAGAAUGACGUCAUUGUGUUUAUACGACACUCCACAACAGCAGGUUUGUGGUUAGCUUGACUGAUUUUGGCAGGAAAGAGCGAUAAUUCCAGCUUCGACGCCCGUGAGACGUUGAGGAAGCUGGAAUUUGCGAUCAUUGAGACCAAAAUAGCAGACUGUGGCACUCGCCUUCUUCGCGACCUUGACGCGAAAGAGCGCCAGGGAAUUGAGUGAGCGAAUGACCGAAAAAUACUUUUUACGUCUAAUGUCGCUUAACUUCUCACUUCACGGAUAGCGCGAUAUUUCCACUCCUGUGAGUCGGUAACACGUGGCUGACAUAUUGUUGAGCGAUACUCUUGUUUUAUUCCUGCGUAAACUUUGUGUGUCGCGCUACUCUUCUGUUUUGGGACGACUUACAGUUGCACUGCCUCACUUGAUGCGUAAUUCAAUAGAAGUUAUAUUUUUGUUGUUUAAUUUGCACGCGAGAUGUCGCUGCUGGAGCUCAUUCCAACGUUUUUAAUAAAGCGCUUGUUUUGUA